AUGGAGAUACCGCACGGACCUGAACGGAAACCGUGGAGGGAGACGCUGUCGGACAUGGCAGUAGCUGAGAACGGAGAGUUACUGAUCAUUCCUCCGUCCAGGGACCCGCUACAGCUGAGCAGCUACCCAUCAGUCCCUGGAAUAACGCAGGAGCUCUACCAACUCUCCUCCUCCGGUCUCACCUCACAACAAGUCGAAAUAGCACUCGGAGAGACGCGGGAGAAAGUGGAUCACGUGACCACCCACAUGCUGGGGUUCCAGGCCAAUGAAACUCCUCAUUUCCCCUUCCUCUCCCAGCUGUGCCACAUGCACAUCGCCAACGAGGGGGACCCCUUCAAUCAGUCACAAUCGAGCAUCUCAUGUGACUCCAAAUGGCUCGAGAGGAACGUCCUCGACUACGUUGCCUCUCUGUGGCACGCCAAGUGGCCUCACGAUCCGUCAGACCCAGAUUCCUACUGGGGCUACCUCUUGCCUAUUGGCUCCACCGAAGCAAACAUUUUCUCUGUCUGUACCGCCCGAGACUAUCUCUCUGGCAAGUUUGUCGUCUCUCAAACCCCUGACCAUGGCAACACAAAAUCAUACUUGCAGGGAAAAUUCGAAGUUGACAGCUCAAACGCUCACUGCCCGGUUAGUUUUUAUUCAACGGAUGCCCACUUUGGCGUGGCAAAAGCACUGCAGGUGUGCGAUAUUCCGACGUUCCACGAGGUAGGGAGAGAGCUGUACCCAGAGGAAAAUCCGCUCGGAGGUGCAUGGCCUCUUUCAGUCCCGUGUGAAAAUGGCGAUGCCGGCUCGGGUAGCAUAGAUAUCGAGGUCCUCACCAAGUAUGUAGAUUUCUUCUCAGGGAAGGGGCACCCUAUUAUUAUCGUGUUUAAUUACGGCUCCACGUUCAAGGGGGCAUAUGAUGAUGUCGCAGCAGCCGAGGAAGCUCUCCUGCCAGUUUUGAAGAAGAACGGAAUGUACGAGCGAAGAGUUGUCCACCCUGUCGGCGAGGUGGUGGUGACCCGCAGAGGCUUUUGGUUUCACGUGGAUGCAGCCCUUGCAGGGUUCUACAUGCCGUUUGUGGAGAUGGGGUACGGUCGUGGACUGAUAGAGAAAAAACCGGGCCCUGUAUUCGACUUCAGGCUAGAGAGUGUGUCUUCUGUAGUUGCCAGCGUUGCGAAACACUUGGGUUCACCUUGGCCCUGCGGGGUGUACAUUACCAAGACCGGCACGCAGCUGGCCCUCACUGCUGAUCUUGAACCGACAUUCUCCUGUUCUCGCAACGGCCACAUAGCUCCUUUACUGUGGUCCCACUUUAGCUCGAAAGACUUCGAGUACCAGGUUCGGAGAAUCUCCCACAUGCUAGAGGUCACAGACUAUGCAGAGGGAAAGUUGAAAGGGCUGGAGCAGGAGCUUGGGAAAGAUCUAUGGGUCUCGAGAACGCCCCUCUCCCUGGCCAUCUACUUCAAGAAACCAAACCCAGACAUCUUCAGAACGUACUCUUUGAGCUCAAAGACACUGUACGUAUGUGGAGAGGUUCGAGUAUAUUGCCACAUUUACGUGAUGGAGCACGUUGUGAAACAGAGCAUUGAUUCGUUUCUGGAGGAUCUGAAACUGCCUGGAGCUUUUCCUGCUCAGGGACCCGAGGAACUGCAGUGA